UUAAAGUUGUCUAACGUUUUGAGAGCGGACUUACAUAGACCGUGUCAAUGCCAAGUCUGCUCCCAAAAUAAGAAAUUUAUUUAAUACGUCAAAUUUCAAAAUAAUAGCGUUCGUUUUUCAAACCGUGGUCAAUGCUUAAACGAGUGCUCGACCGAUGGUUUAAUGUGUGAACCGCGGUACGCAUAAAAUAAUAAAUCGCAAUCGAUUUUUUUUUAUUAAUGUGGGGUUUUUAACUUUAAUUUGAAAUAUAAAAUAUGCUAAUGUUUAAUGAUAUUGUGGAUAAAUUUGAGUUUUCAAAGUUGUUAUUUAAAAAAAAAAAAAGAAAAAUCACACAAUUUUUUAUUUUUUUUUCUAUUAAAAUCACAACAUUUAAUAAAAUGAAAUUCACUUAAAACCCCUUAUAAAUAGAACCCUCAUAAAACCCUUUUAAAUAUCUUCAAUGCAAAACACGCACAAACAACACACACUAUUUUCUCUCUCUCUCUCUCUGUGUAACGGCGAUGGAGCGAAAUCCCUAUUCUCGGCCGUCUCAGCCGCCGGAGAAUCUCUCGACCGCCUCCCCACGACGCUUUCCCUCCGCCGAAAUUUACCCGCAGACCCAUUUGAUGACAGGCCCUUACGCAGCUUCCGAGGAAACCAUCGAAUCCGCCUUUGCCAGGCUGGCACCCUACGCCCAAACGACGUCGUUUAACGGCCUCCACUACGCCCUUCACGCCGCCGCCUCGGCGGCGGAGCCACUCCCCCCACCCAUGGCGUACGAGGGAGAAAUACAGCGGGCUUUGGUUUGGGCCCAGGCCCAAACCGCCAAUGGCGGCGGUUUCAGUGGGCCCCACAGCUUCCCCGGGCCCCACCGGCAAAUCAACGUGGGCCCAGAUGCGGCGGCGGCCGGUUUUCCCGGGCCGAACCCGCAUCUCCUGUUGGCCCCCACCCAAGAUUCGAUGAAUUUCCACCAAAGGCGGGAUUUUUGCAACGCCGGUUGCGAUGACUACCGCUGCUCUUCCUUGCAUGGCAAGGAACCAUACCCACAACUUUCAAGAAACACCGGGUUUCCAUCUUUGCCCCUCGAUCAGCAGUACGAGUGGCGGGCAAAGCAAUUAACCCCUGCAAACAUGAGGGGCAAAAUCGUCUCGCUAGCGAACGAUCAAAUCUGGAGCCGUGCCCUGAACCUAAAACUCGAAACCGGAUCGAGCAACGAGCUAAUCGAGUCGAUUCUGCCGGAGGUGAUGGCAUCUUUAGGGGAUCUGUUGAGGAAUCAAUUCGGGGGCGAUUUCGUCCAGAAGCUUUUCGUUUCGUGUUGCAACGAGGAUCAGAGGACUAGAAUCAUUGUAGCCCUAACCAAAUCCCCACCCCAGCUUAUCAGCAUUUGUCUCAAUUCAUUGGGGUACAUUAAAAUUAAUAAAAAAAAAAAAAUCGAACUUUUUUUCGGUAUUUUUCGCAAGAUUUCGUUUAAUUUGAAUUUUCGUCGAAUUUUUUUCAGGGCUAGAGGAGUGCAGAAUCUGCUGCAGCAUUUGACUACACCUCAGCAGAUAUCGCUCGUUGUAUCUGCGUUGGGACACGGGUGUAUCGCGUUGGCCACCGAUCCGAACGGUUUGUAUGUUAUGCAAUUCUGUGUUAACAAUUUUCCCGGGGAAUAUAAUAAGCAUGUUUUCAACGUGGUAGCAGCAAACUUCUUUAAAGUCGCAACACACAGAAACGGAUGCUGCUUGUUACAAUCGUGCGUCGAGAAAUCUCACGGAGAAACGAGAAAAAGAUUGAUUGGUCAAAUAUUAGCUAAUGGUGUCGACCUAUCUCAAGAUCCUUACGGAAACUAUGUUGUGCAACACCUGAUUGGACUGAGGAUUCAAGAAGUGACAGAAGAUCUCCUUAGAAGAUUCCGAGGGCAUUUUUGGUAUUUUUCGUGCGAUAAGUUUGCGAGCAAUGUGGUCGAGAAGUUUUUGACGGAAUCUGGAGAAAAUAUCUGUGCAGCAAUCAUCAGGGAGUUGCUUUCGAGUCCGAAUGCAUCGGCGCUUUUGCUCCACCAGUUCGGGAAUUUCGUCGUACAGUCGGCUUUAUCAGCAUCAAAGGGGCAAGUUCGUGAUGGUUUGAUUGAUCUGAUCAAACUGAAUGCACCAUCGAUGCAAAGCAACCUGUACGGUCAAAAGAUUCUUGAUUGGCUUGAGAAGAGGAGGAUUCCGUAUAAUGUCUAAACGUGUUGUACAAAAAUCGAAGGAUGUUAUAACAUUAAGGUACCCUUAGAUGUGUAUUCUACUUCUGCCCAAUUCAUUAUUUUCUGCGAAAAUAACACUCUUUUUGCUUUUGUUUUCAAAAUUAUUACAUCUCUCCGGUGUAGCUCUAGUUGUUGUCUUUUUUUUUCUUUUACGGAACUAAUCAUUGUAGAGAAUGUUGUAAAAGAAAAAAAAAACCCUGCUUAGGAAUUGCUGUUGAAUAAUCGAACCAGCCACGACGUGUUGUUUUGUGUUGGAAUGUUUUAGUUAUGGUUUAUGUUGAUUGUCAUUUGAAUAUAGUGCGUUUUUUUUCGUAUUACUUUCGAUUAUUG